AUGACUAUUAAAGAGAAAAGAGAGUUCAACGAAACAGAUGAGAUUGUGAUAUCAAAAGAAAAGCUAGACUGUUUCGUUUUGGAAUGUCUUGCUAAAGUUGGAUGCGUUGGAGAACAUGCCCAACAAUUGUCUGAAACCCUUCUUUGCUCUGAUUACAGAGGACAUUACUCUCACGGAAUCAAUCGUUUACACAUUUAUGUCCAUGACCUAAUGAUGAAAUCAACAGCUGUUACGGGUACUCCUCAAGUGAUAAAAUCCAAAGGAAGCACGGCUUGGGUUGAUGGAAAUAAUCUUUUGGGACCUGUAGUUGGAAACUUUUGUAUGCAAUUGGCAGUUGAAAAGGCAAAAGAGUUUGGAAUCGGAUGGGUUGUUUGCCGUAACUCGAAUCAUUUUGGAAUAGCUGGAUGGUAUGCUGAAUAUGCAUGCCGUCAAGGUCUUGUGGGAAUGGCUUUUACUAACACUUCUCCAUGUGUCUUCCCAACUGGAUCGCGGGAGAAAUCAUUGGGAUCCAAUCCAAUCUGUAUGGCUGCUCCUGGAAUGGACGGAGAUUCAUUCUUCCUUGACAUGGCUUCUACCACCGUUGCCUAUGGAAAAAUCGAAGUGGCUGAUCGCAAAGGAGAAACUUGGAUUCCAAGCACUUGGGGAGCUGACAAACAUGGAGAUGAAACUCAUAAUCCAAAGGAAGUUCUUGAUGGAGGAGGUCUUCAACCAUUAGGAGGAUCGGAAAUCACCGGAGGAUAUAAAGGAACUGGAUUGUGUAUGAUGGUUGAGGUUCUUUGUGGAAUUAUGGGUGGCUCGGCGUUCGGAAAGAACAUUCGCCAAUGGCAAACAACAAGUAAGACGGCGGAUCUGGGGCAAUGCUUUAUUGCAAUCGAUCCUGAAUGCUUCGCUCCUGGAUUCCCUCUUCGUCUUCAAGAAUUUUGCGAUGAGACACGGAACCUGACUCCAAUUAAUCCUAAUAGACCACCCCAAGUACCAGGAGAUCCGGAAAGAGCUCAUAUGAAUAUGUGUGAUGAUUUGGGAGGAAUUGUGUACAAAAAGAAACAAUUGGAUCAUUUGAAGAAUCUCGCGGAUCGUCUCGGUGUCAUAAUGAGACUUGUUGAAGAGAAUGGUCAUUAG